GGGGCUAUUCGCUCAGUUUGGAGACAGAGGUGCAAUCCACGCCGCUUUCUCUUCCUCCUUCUCGAGAACUUGCUUUCGUCUGCCUGUUCUAUUAUUUCGUGGCCAUGGAGAACGGAGUGCCGUUUUACGAACAACCCGGCGUAAUGACCGGACCGAACAAGUGGCCUUGCAUGGAGCACUGCACCCUCAAGAACUUGAGCAACUGGCGAUUAUCCCUCAAGUUUGCGCAAGUGAUGCUGUCCUUCCUAGCCUUUAUUGCUGAAGAAGCUGUGAUGAGAUCCAACUCCUGUCCUGGACUUUACAUCUUUGAAUUUGCGAGCUGCGGUGCCUUUAUUUUAAGCAUCUUAAUCCUGGCUUUAUAUUGUACUACUGUUUAUCAAAAGGCUGGAGAAGACAGAGUAACUUGUGUGGAUUUCUUUGUUGCUGCAGUAGUAGGACUGCUGUUCUUCCUGGCUUCAAUUAUAUUUACUGUAACCGCUGAGAAGCAACUGAUUGAAAAUACUGCAAUUACAUUUGGUUUCUGCGCAAGUACAUUAUUUCUUGUGGAUGGUGCCCAAAUAAUGAUGAAACGUAUCGUUGAAGAGAAACUGCUAGAGACUAUCCCAACACUUCGCCGCAAUCAUCGUGAUCGUCGCGAUCAUGAACGGCGUGACAUUCAGAUGUUAAAUAACCACCGGGUCUAAGCUGUAAACCACAAUGUCUUUUUAAUGCAUGCUAAUCAUAGUUGAAGAGAUACUGUCCUUUAAGGUAUAAAGGUAGUCCUCAACUUAUAACUAUUUGUUUAGUGACCAUUCAAAGUUACAACACCACUGUAAAAAAAUGACGUAUGACCUUUUUCAUACUUAUGACUUUUGCAGCAUCCCCAUGGUCAUGUGACCAAAAUUCCAACUCUUAGCAACUGGCCUGUAUUUGUGAUGUUUGCACGUGAUCCCCUUUUGUGAUCUUCUGACAAGUAAAGUCAAUGGGGAAGCCAGAUUCACUCAUCAAUGGUGUUAUUAACUUAACAACUACAAUAUUUCACUUAACAACUGUGACAAAAAGAUCAAAAUGGGGUAAGGCUCACUUAACAACUGUCUUACUUAGCAAUGAAAAUUUUGUGUGCAGGUGAGGUUGUAAGUUUAGGACUAUUUGUAUCUAGAUUAUUGAAUUUUAUUUCAGCUUUCUACUUCUUAAUCUACAAUUCCUAUUCAACAAACUAUAUAUUAUAUUAUACUAUAUUCAUAUAUUAAGAGACAUGGUGGCUUAGUGGCUAAGAUGCUGAGCUUGUUGGUCGAAAGGUCAGCAGUUCAACAGUUUGAAUCCCUAGUGCCGCGUAACGGGGUGAGCUCCUGUUACUUGUCCCAGCUUCUGCCAACCUAGCAGUUCAAAAGCACGUAAAAAAUGCAAGUAGAAAAAUAGGGACCACCUUUGUUGGGAAGGUAACAGUGUUCCAUGUGCCUUUGGUGUUUAAUCAUGCCAGCCACAUGACCAUGGAGACGUCUUCGGAUAGCACUGGCUCUUCAGCUUUGAAACGGAGAUGACCACCACCCCCUAGAAUCGGGAACAACUAGCACAUAUGUGCAAGGGAAACCUUUAUCUUUACCUUAUUAUAUUAUAUCAUUUCUGAAUUUCUGAAUGCUUGCACUUAUUUUAUUUUUCAUAUAUGUAUGAGUAAUAAAUGUGUAGCAUUCCUUUGAAGAUAAAAAUUUUAUCUGAGAUUGUUAAAUCCUAAUGCAUUGCUUUUCAGAAUAAAUAGAGAGAA